AUGAGCAGGGAUAAAGAUACAGUUCACGCCGAUGCACGGCGUUUCCUCGAUGAGCGCGGCUCCAACGUCUCGGUCGCGCCAAACGGCCUCAACCCUGCGACCAUCAUGGAAAAGGCCGUCAGGGAUCGCAUCGUCGACUCGAUAUACUACAAGAUGCAAUGCUUUGCAUGCAACGAAGCUGAUAUCGUUGAUCGCGUUGUCGAGGAUGUCAAGUUUAUUGGAGGUACCUAUGGCACCACACAAGUGCCCAGCCCGUUUCUGUGCCUUGCCUUCAAGCUUCUCGAGCUGUCGCCUAGCGACGCGGUACUACUGGAAUACCUCAAAUUUGGCGGUGAAGCCUUUAAAUAUCUACGCGCACUUGCGUGCUUCUACUUUCGACUCACACGGCAAGCAAAGAACGUUUACGAAAUGCUGGAGCCGUUUCUCGAGGAUAGGCGCAAAUUAAGACGAAGAGGAAGGGAAGGCGUGAAGUUGUCAUAUAUGGACGAAUUCGUGGACGACCUCUUGACAAAGGAGCGUGUAUGCGGUACAAGUCUAUGGAAGAUGCCAAAACGAGAGGUUCUCGAGGACCUAGAGAUUUUGGAACCGAGGGUUAGCCCUCUUGGCGACCUUGAGGAUCUUCUUGAGGAAGAGCAUGAAGCGGAGAAAGAGAAUGGAACAAGAGAAGAAUCUGAGGAGAUCUCAGAAGGAGAUGUGAUGGAGGUUGACCGGGACGAGAGAAGGAGAAGCCCAAGCCGCAGCCACAGUCGAAGUCGCAGUCGAAGUCGUUCACCUUGA